AUGGCAUCACGACCGCAGAAUGUUGGGGUGAAGGCAAUCGAAAUGUAUUUUCCCAGCCAGUGCGUGGAUCAAGCUGAACUGGAGAAAUUCGAUGGAGUCAGCACUGGAAAAUACACGAUUGGAUUAGGCCAGACGAAAAUGAGCUUCUGUGAUGAUCGAGAAGACAUUUAUUCCUUCGCUCUAACUACUGUCUCCUCCCUCCUGAAAAAAUACUCCAUCGAUCCAAAGUCUAUUGGGCGUUUGGAAGUUGGUACAGAAACACUACUCGACAAGUCAAAGUCUGUCAAGUCCGUAUUGAUGCAGCUGUUUCAGGAGUCUGGCAAUAAUAAUGUCGAGGGUGUCGAUACGGUCAAUGCAUGCUAUGGUGGUACCAAUGCCCUUUUCAACGCAAUUAAUUGGGUAGAGUCAUCUGCCUGGGAUGGACGGGACGCUAUUGUGGUGGCUGGAGACAUCGCGCUGUAUGCGAAGGGCAAUGCACGACCGACAGGUGGUGCUGGCUGCGUCGCGAUGCUCAUUGGUCCGAAUGCGCCAAUUGCCUUGGAGCCGGGCAUGAGAGGCACUCACAUGCAACAUGUCUACGACUUUUACAAACCAGAUUUGACGUCGGAAUAUCCUGUCGUCGAUGGUCAUUAUUCGGUCACGUGCUACACGCAGGCACUAGAUGCUUGCUACAAAGCAUACAAUGAGCGAGAGCAGAAGCUUCAAGGCAGUGGAAUGGCCAACGGUGUGCAUGAGUCUAGAGGCGAACGAACGACUCCCCUCGAUCGCUUCGAUUACAUGCUUUUUCACUCCCCCGCCUGUAAACUGGUCGCCAAAUCCUAUGGCAGGUUGCUGUACAAUGAUUUCAGAGCAUCGCCUGACAGCCCUGCGUUUGAACCUGUUCCGAAGGACAUUCGAGAUUUGAGCUACGAGGCUUCCUUGACCGACAAGAAUGUUGAAAAGACAUUUAUGGGUCUAAGUAAGAAACAUUUCCAAGCAAGGGUACAGCCAAGUAUUCAAGUGCCGACUAUGUGCGGCAAUAUGUACUGUGCCAGUGUCUACGGUUCUCUAGUCGCCCUCCUCAGCAAUAUCUCAAGCGAGCAGAUCAAAGGUCGAAGAAUAGGAGUCUUCAGCUACGGGAGUGGCCUUGCGAGUUCUUUCUUCAGCAUGAGAGUCGUCGGAGAUACGUCGGAGAUGGCAACGAAAGUAGAUUUGCAAACACGAUUAGACAAUCGGAGGACUGUGCCUCCGGAGGUCUAUGAUGAGAUGUGCGAGCUACGUAAGAAAGCUCAUAUGAAGAAAGGAUACACACCGAGUGGGAAUGUGAAUACCAUCGUGGCCGGUACAUAUUACUUGACAGAGGUCAACGAUCUAUACCAACGAAAGUACGAGAUCAAGGCAUGA